AUGCAAAUACCAAUUGAACAAACUGAGAUUACUUAUGGAAUCAGCGUGGUUAUGAUAAAGCAUUCUGAUGAUUAUGCAAGAGGAGCAAAAGCUAUGUCUAUAGGUGUAUGUACCAAGCAGAAACAUUUUUACUGUUAUAGAGUAAUAAAUAUACAGAAUUUACUAUUGGUAGCUUUAGAAAUGAUUUUUUCAGAAGAAUAUUCACAAGAAGAAAUUGCAAUACAAGUCUAUAACUCGUUAAAUAAUGCUAAUUGAGAAAAAUUACCAAUUUUGUCAGAAGAAGAAUCAAGAAUCGCCAAAUGGCUUUAUUAUAAGCAGCUUUCAGAAAAUUUCACAAAUGAAAUAAUAGAGACUACUUUUUUAAAUCGAAAUAUGUAUUUUGAAAUUGACUGCACAUUGGAAGCUUCUGAAAUCAUGCCAGUGUCAUUUUUACCAUUGUUGUCAAUUUUCAAAGAAAAAACAAUGUCACUUUAUGAUGCCUUAAUUAGAGGAAAACGAGUGAAUUCUAUUUAGAUAAUUUUAUUCUCCAAAAAUAAGCCAGCAUGAGAAGUAUGUACUUUCGCCUGUGCUCUGACACAACUAGCGAGCCCUCCAUUGAUAAAUAUUGCUGAUUUGCAUUUGCACCCAUAUGCUCAUCUGAAUAACCUUGAUUUUUUGAAUUCUCAGUUUUUUAUUGCAGGAGUUACAAAUCCCUUAUUUAAGAUCCGCCCUCAAUGGUGAGAUAUAUUUGGAGAUCUUGACUCUGGAGAAAUUAUUUCUCAUUUGCCACCACCUCUAGAAGCAGAUCUAAAUUUUAUUUCUUUUUUACUGGAAAAUUUGCCUAGUGAGCAUAAUAAAGAAUCUUAUAUACGAAGCCAGUUUUUUGAUUAUACACAAAAUAUCAUUGAUUUGGCCAUAUUUGAAGAGGAUUUUCAAGAAAAAGGAAGCAAACUUCAAAGAGCAAGGGAUUGGAGGGGCUCAGUUGAGUUUGAGUAUUAUUCAAAUCAUUAUAAAGGGAAAAUAUUUGCUGAUGAAAGAGAGCCUCAAUAUUUGAUAUAUAAAUUAUUGACCAGGAUUAGAAUUGCAUUUGCUAAAGAAAAAAUUAAAGGGAUAAGAAAAAUGUAUUAUGAAUUAGAUACACUACUGUCCUCAAGAGAUGAAUGCUUAAAAGUGAGAUAUAAAUAGUUCUUAUCUAUGCUACCAAAUAAUGGGGAUCUUCAUUGCUUGACUUGUACUUUCUUUUUGGAUAAUGACUUGAAGACCUCAAGAGUCGCUUGCUCAAUUCUCGCAAAACUAGAAGAAAUACCAGUAUUUUCUAAAUAGGAAGGGAAAGCAUUGAUUUUAGCUUUACCUCAAAAUGAACUCAAUUCUUAUUUAGCAUACAGACAUCGGCAUGCAAUAUAA